AUGAGAAAGGAUGUUUGUGCAGGGUAUUUUCCAAAUGUGGGAAUCCCGCAAACUUGGACAGGAGCCUCCAGAGGCUCAUCCGCCCUCCGCCAUCGCAGUGGAACACCGCCCGCCGCCACCGCCUACCCAUUACGGUCGAACUACCUCCAAAACUCCGCGCCCGCCAACCUCAAACCGCCAGUGGACGGCUCGGUCCACGCCAACGCAUUCACAAUGGCAGCAAGGAAAACGCAACAAGAAAUCGAUAAAACCUUCAAGAAGGUCGCUGAAGGAAUCCAAACUUUCGAAGGCAUCUAUGAGAAGAUCCGCCAAGCCACGAAUCCAACGCAACGGGAUAAGCUCGAAGACCACCUUAAGCGCGAGAUCAAGAAGCUGCAAAGGUUCCGAGAUCAGAUCAAAUCAUGGGCCGCCGGAAAUGAAGUCAAGGACAAAGCCCCGCUUAUCGAACAGCGGAAAGCCAUUGAAGUGUGCAUGGAACAAUUCAAGGCCGUCGAAAAGGAAAUGAAGACCAAAGCGUACUCUAAAGAAGGUCUAUCGGCAGCGUCCAGGCUAGACCCAAAGGAGAAGGAGCGAGUCGAGUGUUCCGAGUUCCUGUCGAAUAUGGUCGAUGAGCUGCAGUUGAAGAUUGAAGCCCUGGAGGCGGAAGAGGAAACACUUCAUGCGCAAAUGAAAAAGGGCAAGAAAGACACCAAAAAAGCGGAUCGAAUGGCCGAUAUCUCCCAUGUUACCGAACGACAUAAGUGGCACGUGAACAAGUUGGAGUUCCUCAAUCGCUCGUUACAGAACGGCAAUCUGGAUGUCGGUGCGGUCCAGGAUGUUAAGGAAAGUAUCAAAUACUAUGUCGAGGAAGGAGGCAGUCCUGACUACUCCGGGGAGGAUGAGACCCUCUAUGAUGACCUCAACAUUGGCGAGGAGAUCGAGGCGCAGUUCGGCAUGGGCGGCGAGGGUGAUCGCGUAUCAUCACAAGACGCCCAAUCCGUACCAGAUGAAGAGCCCGAAUCCAAACCGAAAGCCAAACCAGAAGUCGUUGCUCCUCGAAGACCAUCCACCCAGAUGAAAUCCCCGCUUCCCGUCCUAGCCACUCUCCACCCGGCUGCUUCAUCUAGUGCAACCCCAGGCAUGAAACCCGCUCCGCUACCCACCCGACCCCCUGGAGAGACCCUCAAGUAUGCCUCUGCCGCCGCCGCUGCUGCUGCGAGUGAUAAAAGUGGUGUGGGGAUUCUCCCCCUUCCUCCCCCACCUGGUCUGAGCCCCGCUCUUUCCGUGGCUAUGCCCGUUCCCAAAUCAUCUACUGCUUCGCCUAGCGUGACACCCGCACAACCAGUUCCCAGGUCAACACUUCCACCUGCUGCGGCUGCUGUGUCAGAAGAUCUCGGUACCAUUGGACGAUCCAAGAUCCCACCCGGUAUUAGGUCAUCGCCCGCACCAGCUAAGGUGGAAGCAUCGACGAAUGGCAAGGCAGAGACAGAGGGCCCUGAAAGCUCCGAGUCGAUAUAUCACCUUCCUCCGGGCCUCCAAGACCUGUGCCAAUCAUUCGAGGUGACGAAGACUCGUGCAUCGGCAAACCCGUCGCCAUCUGUGCAGCGCCUGCUCGCCACAUCCUUGACAACAUGUCCGGAGGCUGGCGAUGCUGAAAAGCCCCGUCAUUACAAGCCCCAGAACCCGUACAGCACCCCUCUUUACUACCCACAGGAACCCCUCUCAAUAUUCGAUGAUCCGCGAUUGUACGAUACCGGCAGGGUUGAGACCGACACUCUUUUCUAUCUUUUCUACUACCGUCAAGGCACCUACCAGCAAUAUCUGGCGGCCAAGGCGCUGCGCAAUCAGAGCUGGCGCUUCCACAAGCAGUACCAAACUUGGUUCCAGCGCCAUGAGGAGCCCAAGACUAUCACGGAGGAAUUCGAGCAAGGGACUUACCGCUUCUUUGACUACGAGAGUACAUGGUCAGUUUAUCAUUUCUUGCCCAACACGCUGUGCAAUAGAAGAACUCCACACUGA